GUGGUAAAAAAAAAAAUUAAUGGAGUCUCACGAUCAGACAGGAUGCCAGGCACCAGAUCGCACCAUUCUUUGUAUUAACAAUUGUGGCUUCUUUGGCAGAGCUGCUACCAUGAAUAUGUGCUCCAAAUGUUACAAGGAUAUGCUGCUGAAGCAGGAUCAGGCCAAACUAGCUGCAUCAUCAGUUGAAAACAUUGUGAAUGGCAGCUCUAGCAGCGGCAGUGGGAAAGAGGCUGCAACUGCAUGUUCUACUGAUGUACAAAUCGGAACUAUGGAGGUCAAGACAAUACAUGCAGAAAUUUGUCAGGAUUCAUCCUCUAGUGAGAGUUUAGAGAUGAAAGUCAAGGCUGGUCCCAGCAGAUGUACAACUUGCCGGAAGCGUGUUGGAUUAACUGGUUUUAGCUGCAAAUGUGGGAACAUUUUCUGUCCAACACAUCGCUAUUCUGACAAACACAAUUGCCCUUUUGAUUAUCGGACCGUUGGUCAGGAUGCUAUAGCCAAAGCCAACCCUGUAGUUAAGGCAGAAAAGCUUGACAAAAUCUAGGCGUCCUCUAGUGAUUUUAAUGAUCAAUGUCACGGCAACAAGGACCUCACUGGGGAAUAUCCGUGUUAUGGGUUGAUUGGCAAAGAUUCACUUGCUAGCUAGCUGUUGCUUGAAUGUUUGUGCUAGUUGAAGGACACCGAUGGGUCAUUCUGUAAAUGGAUUUCCUUGUUUGGCUUGCAUUAUUUUGGUGCAUGAAUGCUAUUUAUUACUUAUCUAUGUGUGUGUUUUGAAGUUUGAGGCUGUUUAAAUAAUACUUAUUUACCCUA